AUGGGUAAAGAAAAGUUUCACAUCAACAUUGUGGUUAUUGGUCAUGUCGACUCUGGAAAGUCAACCACCACUGGUCACUUGAUCUACAAGCUUGGAGGUAUUGACAAGCGUGUGAUUGAGAGGUUCGAGAAGGAAGCUGCUGAGAUGAACAAGAGGUCCUUCAAGUACGCAUGGGUGUUGGACAAAUUGAAGGCUGAGCGUGAGCGUGGUAUCACCAUUGAUAUUGCUCUAUGGAAGUUCGAGACCACCAAGUACUACUGCACAGUCAUUGAUGCUCCUGGACAUCGUGAUUUCAUUAAGAACAUGAUUACUGGUACUUCCCAGGCUGAUUGUGCUGUUCUCAUCAUUGACUCCACCACUGGUGGUUUUGAAGCUGGUAUUUCCAAGGACGGUCAGACCCGUGAGCAUGCUCUUCUUGCUUUCACCCUUGGUGUCAAGCAGAUGAUUUGCUGCUGUAACAAGAUGGAUGCCACUACUCCCAAGUACUCCAAGGCUAGGUACGAUGAGAUCAUCAAGGAGGUGUCUUCAUACCUGAAGAAGGUUGGGUACAACCCUGACAAAAUCCCAUUCGUUCCCAUCUCUGGUUUCGAGGGUGACAACAUGAUUGAGAGGUCCACUAACCUUGACUGGUACAAGGGACCAACUCUUCUUGAGGCACUUGACCAGAUCAACGAGCCAAAGAGGCCAUCAGACAAGCCCCUCCGUCUUCCACUUCAGGAUGUCUACAAGAUUGGUGGUAUUGGAACGGUGCCAGUGGGUCGUGUUGAGACCGGUAUGCUGAAGCCUGGUAUGGUUGUGACCUUUGCUCCUUCAGGGUUGACCACUGAGGUUAAGUCUGUCGAGAUGCACCACGAGUCUCUUGUGGAGGCACUUCCAGGUGACAACGUUGGAUUCAACGUUAAGAAUGUUGCCGUCAAGGAUCUCAAGCGUGGUUACGUUGCAUCCAACUCCAAGGAUGACCCAGCUAAAGGCGCUGCUAACUUCACAUCUCAGGUCAUCAUCAUGAACCAUCCUGGUCAGAUUGGUAACGGUUACGCUCCAGUUCUUGAUUGCCACACCUCUCACAUUGCUGUCAAGUUCUCUGAGAUCCUCACCAAGAUUGACAGACGUUCUGGUAAGGAGAUCGAGAAGGAGCCCAAGUUCUUGAAGAACGGUGAUGCUGGUAUGGUGAAGAUGACUCCCACCAAGCCCAUGGUUGUUGAGACCUUCUCUGAGUACCCACCUCUUGGACGUUUCGCUGUGAGAGACAUGAGGCAGACUGUCGCAGUCGGUGUCAUCAAGAGUGUCGACAAGAAGGACCCUACCGGAGCCAAGGUAACCAAGGCUGCAGUCAAGAAGGGUGCCAAGUGAACUACCUUGAGGAAAACUCUAUCAUCCGCAGAUGAAUCAAAAGACUAUUUUAGUUUUGUUACAUCAGUAGUUUGGUAUAUGGUCGCUUGUUUGUGUUACAGCUUUGUUACCUCUCCGUCAGAGCUUUGUUCUCGUAACUGGGUUCUUGAUCGGAGGUGGCGAAGCUACUCAUUACUCUAGCUUCCUGUUUUUUUUUUACUUCUCUUUUCGGAUUUUGAACUAUUUUAGAUAUUCUGUUAUAAUGCAUACUAGAUUUUGACCCGCGCUUAAGAAGCGCGGGUUUUUUUUUGUUAACCGUAAAGCCAAAUAUUUCAGAAUAGAUAUUUUGAUUGGUUUUGAUGGUGUUUUUAAAUUUGAUUGAGUUGAUGGUAAAAGGGGUUCGAGAUACCUUGUAUUUAUAAAAUGAGAGGGUUGUUGUUCUAUUAUUUUAUUUCAGUCUUGUAAAAUUAAAAAAAUGAAUAUGGUAAAAAGAUCUUAAAAUCAAAAGAUUGUUAUUAACCCAUUGAGAAGCGU